UGUGGGCGCUGUCUUCGUUAAGUACCUUGUCUAGCUGAACUUCACGGGUUUCCUCUUGUCAGUUGCUAUAAUGGCUUCCUACGGAGCCCAGCACUACUAGUACAGUCCCUCUCUAUGUGACUGUCCCUGUCAUCCUUCAACUAGGACACGAAUAAGGGCUUUCUGCACGCCGCGAAGGCCGGGAGUAUCUGUAUUGCGAGCAGGGACAAAAGCGAAACCGGAAAGAAGCCAGCUAGCUGCUCUCACUCGGCGGGAGAGACCUGCACAGCGCAGAAACUAAGGAGCGGGACGAUCCUGGGGGCGAUCGCCGCGGCCUAAGACACCUCACAAGGAAAGACGUCGCCGCCCUCCCUCUAGGCGUCCCCACCGCUUCCCCGAAGCUCCGCAGCCCAGCUAGGCACUCAUGGUCGUGCCGGCCAAGGCAGUGAUCGUGCCCGGGAAUGGAGGCGGGGACGUGGCCACCCACGGCUGGUACGGCUGGGCCAAAAGGGCGCUGGAGCAGAUACCUGGUUUCCAGUGUUUGGCUAAAAACAUGCCUGACCCAAUUACAGCCCGGGAGAGCAUCUGGCUGCCCUUCAUGGAGACGGAGCUGCAGUGUGACGAGAAGACCAUCAUCAUAGGCCACAGCUCUGGCGCCAUCGCAGCCAUGAGGUAUGCAGAGACACAUUGUGUCUAUGCUAUUGUGUUAGUGUCGGCAUACACAUCAGACUUGGGCGAUGAAAAUGAGCGUGCAAGUGGAUACUUCAGCCGCCCCUGGCAGUGGGAGAAGAUCAAGGCCAACUGCACUCACAUUGUACAGUUUGGCUCCACAGAUGACCCUUUCCUGCCCUGGAAGGAACAGCAAGAAGUGGCAGACAAGCUGGGGGCCAAGCUGUACAAAUUCACUGACCGCGGCCACUUCCAGAACACAGAGUUCCACGAGCUGAUCAGCGUGGUGAAGUCCAUGCUGCAGGCGCCCUCGUAAUCAGGACAGUGCCCACUGCCCACAGCCCUGGGCAGAGAGGGCAGGGAUGCCAUCCCUGGCACCAGGCAUCACAGGGGGUCAGACUCCAGAAGCACCUGAGAACACUCAUUUCCUGCCUUGCUCCAGGUCACACACAGCAUUUCAUUUUCCACAGAAUCUAAGUCUUCCUGAACUGCUGGGGACUACAGCAGGGCUCCUCCCAUGGCCAAGGGACCCAAGGACACACAGCUGAGCUGCUACUCACCUUCAAGGUAGUCCUUAGGUAUCUAGAGAGUAAGUUAGAAAUGGGCCCCAGCUUUUCUCAUCUCAGUCCAGAUGAAAGCUAAACAUUUUCAUGUAUGUUGGAUAUCUACAAUCUUUUCCUUGUAGAAAUAAAACUUUUCUCUUUUAGGGAAAGGAAAUGUGAGUAAAGGUCCAGAGAAUCAGCUUAGAGCUCGAAACAUGACUAGGGUUUCAGCUGGCUCAGGAUAUGAAACCCUCCACAGGUGACCUUGCUCUCUGCUCCUUCAGACAGGGUGAGGGAGACUGACACACAGGGAGGCUGAGUCAGGCAGUGCCUGGGUCAGUCCAGGAACAGAAGCACAGCCUCAUAUAAUAUCCACCAGGUGACUGACUGUUGUACAGAAAGUUCAGCUCUGUCUGAGUUGUUGCCAUGGGUAAGCAUGAUAAAGUCUAGCCAGUUUUUGGAUUUUUCUAGGAAAAAUUAACUUCAUCCUGUAGUGUUUAAAUUUGGGGAGCACAUACAUGUGUCUAUAACCCUGUGUCCAGGAAUUAUAGUAAGUUAUAUCCGUAUGGAUUAGAGUAGUUGGGAGGCACACUGUGAAUUAGAAGUUUUGCCACUGUGGCCAGAUCCAAGUCAUGUGUUUGAGGACUGUAGCCACAGGCAUUAACUGACCCAACUGCUUUGGGGUAAUUCUGAUUAAGGAUGGAAAAAAACCAAAAUGAGCGUGUUGCAAGAUAAAACACAUGGCAAUAAUUGGAAUUUGAUACAAGUAUUUUUUAAGAUAACUUUUCUCUUGGCUGGGGACAUGGCUCAGUGGCAUAUCAUCUGCCUGGCAAGGUCGUGAGCUCAAUUCCCAGUACCAAAAAAUAUAAGUAACAUUUCUCCCCAAACAAGCAAACAAAAGAUAACCUUUCCAGCUAGGCAUUAAGUGCAUACCUGUUAUCUAUACUCUGGGAGGCUGAGGCAGGAGGAUCAGAAGCUCAAACAUGGUGUGUCCUAGCAUGGGCGAUUUAGUGAUUUAGCCAGACCCUAUCUCAAGAUAAAGUAUGUUAACCAAGAGGUAGGGAUAUGAAGGCCUUGAUUUUAGUCCCUAGUACCAGAAAACCCAAAAGCAACACAGAAUGCCUUUCUAUCCUUCACAUUUUGUUCUGCAGAGUUCAACCUUUUAACUUCCAAAAGAGUUCUUUGAACCAUUCCAAGAUUUUUUUCUUCUGAUCAUAUAUACCUCAAACAAAACAAUUUUUUAAAUUCCCAACCUUUUUUUUUUUUUUUUUUUUUUUUUGGCUAUUUGCUAAAUAUUGCCUCAAUUUCCACUGAAUUCACAUUUAAUGUUCAAGAAUUUGGGUCUGAGGCAGAAAUGGGAUUUCCUAGACUGUUUAUGCUUACAGAGGAUUGAGAGGCACCGUAAGGCAAAGAGUCUUGGUUUCUAGACAUGAUCAAAGUCUGGAAAAGACAUUUGAACUUUUAAUAGCAGCUAUCUUGGGGAAUGAAAAUUUGGCAGGUACAUGUGACAAGUCUUCAUUUUACUUUUUCCACCUGGGGAUUAUCUGAAUUUAUUACAUUGAACAAAACUUAUUUGACAAGUUAGUAAAAAGCAAAUUAGAUACAUUAGUAGAAUAAUGUUCUUAGAGACUGGUUAUCACUGAUUUGACCAAACUUACAAUCAGAAUUUAAUUUUACUUUAAUCAUUUGUAAUUAGUAAUUGCAUUACUCUGCCUUGCUUUGUUUCCUAUAAAUGUAUAUAAACAACAA